AUGGGAUGUAUGAAUGCUUCUGGAUACAUAUCAGGACCCAUUGAACCAUUCCAUCAAUCCAACAAAUCCAAUUUUGAAGCAUUCCUAAUCGAACAAUUGACACUCCUCGGAUUCCAAGAAAGCUAAAUCGUCAUUUCAAAAACAAUUGAAAUCAAAUUCAUACCCUAUCUAAAGGAAUUGCAAACCUCCAUCUAAUAGGACAUCCACUCACCCUUUAACAACAACAUCUACUUGAUCCCAGUCCUAACCAAUCAACUGAGGGAAAUUUACAUCAAAACAUCAGAAUUCCUAAUUAGAUUCCAAGAUUACAAAUUAAAUACACUAAUCAAUAAGGUUGGUCUCAAAUAUCAAGCUCUCCUUAGAGUCGGAGACCUCUUUCCAAAAUAAUUAAAUUUAAGAUUUUAUAAUAAUCAGAUCUCUAAAAUCCAAAUCGAUCCCAACAUUACCAUCAUAGUCAUCAAUCAAAUGGACAUUGGCUAUUCUCUACUGCAAUUCAUUAGAGAACUCAAUAACACCUUUUUGCUUGUCUUUCGUUAAGAUGACAAUGACAAUUCAAACAUCAAUUUGUUCAUCGAAACCAAUUCAUUUCAGAGUUGCUCCGUGAUCGUCGGCGUGGAUGACAAAGAAGACAGAUACAACACCAUCAUAAAUCUUUACACAAAAGUCAUUAAAAAAUAAAAGAAAAAUUAAAACUCAGAUUCUCAUUCCAGAAUACUUACUCAAUUCUUAAAUCAAGAAGAUCAAGAGUAAUUUUGGGAUGAUGGAACUCUUAUUUUCAAUUUCUUGAAUUCAACACAAACUCACAUUUCCAACAACACCUCCAUUAUCACCCUUCAGAAUCACAAAAUCCAAUCCAUCAACGAAUUCAACAUCAAAGACCUCUAAUUUCAAUCGCAGAAGUCGUUGCAAGAUAAAAAACACAUCGAUCAACACAUCUACAAAUCAAUCAAAUAGAUCAUGAUCAAAGAACUAAUAUAGGCAUUGCAAUUGAAAUCAUCGCAAUUCUCUCAAUAUUUCAAAUUGAAAUUGUCAACCUAGAAGAUUUACAAGGAUUUGAAAUUGCAAUAAAAAAUUUACAUGCCUUCCCAAUUGAAGUUAUAGAAUGCCAAUGAGAUUGAGAGCAAGACUUAGGAAAUAUUGACCAUCAUCAAAAAGGCUUCUUAUGAUACUUUGGUCAUUAAGCAAUCCUCGAAAUUUCAAUUACCCAGUAAAGUCAGAAUCUAUUAAAUUUUACAAUAAAUCUUCAAGGAUCAAGAUGUUAGUCAAGUGUAAAUUAUCAUCAAUUCUAUCUUACACAUCCAAUGGAGUCUUGGAGAUGAAAUUGUUAAUAGUUAAUUCAACAUCCAAAAUUAGAAUUACCAAAAUUAUAAAUACAAAUGGAAAAUGAUCAAAUUUUAUGAUAACUUCAAAAUCACCAAUCUUGCUUAACCAAAAAAACAGCAGAUCUUCUUCCAGGCUCAUUAGUUGUUAAAAUGCUUAACUAAAAAAGCUGACUUAGAUAUAGUAAAUAAAAUCAUCAAUCAAAUAAUGCUUGAUAAAUGGAGUGUGAAUGAGGAAUACUCUCCAAUUUGCGAUGUUUAUUAGAUAUCAUUCAUUAACUCAACUUCAGUAGAUGAAACAUCUCAGUGCUAAGAGAAACUAGAUAAGAUAGUGGUCUCAUAAGAGAAUCAAUAUUUAAUGAUAUUUUUAAUGGAUUACUAGGACCCUCAAAAGAUGAGUUAGCUUGAUUAGAUUAUUUCCCUGCCUUUGUAAAUGGAUAUCAAAUUAAUUAUACUAAGCAGUUCGGAAUUCGAUAAUGAUAAUUUUGAGCAAUUAUUAAACAAGAAGAAGAUUGAAAAAAGAAUUUACUAAAAGAACAUCCAAUUUUGGUUUCCAAUAUCAUCCCAAAUCAAUGAAAUACACUUUUCACAAUAUUUAGAAAUCUUCUACAACCUAAAUUCAAAAGAAAAUGUUAUCAUCAUCAAUAAUAAAAAUCAAUUGUGUCACAAAAUUACAGGAUUUCACCUCAUAACCAUGCUUUAGGAGAGGAACUACUCAGAGGAUGAUAAAAAGUAUCAUUACAAUAACACAGGCAAGAAUCAGCAAAAAACCUAAAAUAAUAAUGAGCAAUUAAAAAAAGCAAGGUAGCAAUUAAAACAACACAUUGAGAAGGAAAUUAAACAAUAGUAGUAGUUGUCACUAUAGAAUGAACAGGAUCACUCAACAAAUAUGGUUUUAGAUUUUCAAUGGGCAAAGGAGAAGACAAUUAAUUUAGAUGGAUAGUAGAAGGUAUCAGUGAUUUCUAAGUAAUACUAAAAACCUAUAUUCAAUAAUAAUAGUGGAAUAUAAUUUGAAAUAUUUUAAUAGAUAAUUUCUAAUAAACAAUACGAUUUUUAAUGA